UCUCUCUCUCUUUCCUGCUCCCUCGCUCUCCUUUCUUUCUGCCUUUGUCGCUCGUCCUUUCCCAUGUUUUCUUCCCUUAAGUCUUCCCCAUAACACCAUUUUGUCCACAGCCCCUGGGCUCGGUAAGUAGUAAACUUUUCCUCAUGUCUCAGUGUUCUUGUUUUUUUUUUGGUAUUGGAAAUCUGUUUUUUUUUUUUUCAUUGCUGUUGAGAAUAAGCAAAUGUUUCUGAAUGAGGAGCAAACUAUUUUACUCAGUAUUCUUACAGUUCAGUCUAGAACUGUGAGUCUAAUCUGUCGACUCACAUUUUCACACGCUAGCCUUGACACUAAGCUACCCAAACUGUGUGAGCAUUAUACUUGUGUUCUGUGUGCAUAUAAUUAGUAUUUGUGGCAUGGAUGUUAAGUUGCACUUGUGAGCAAACACUGAGCAGUGUGAUCACUGAGUCCGCUUUAGCCAGGUUGCCAUAGCUGAUCACGGAGCCAAUUUUAGCCAGAUUGUCAUAGCUGACGACUGAGUUUGCUUUAGCCAGAUUGUCAUGGCUGAUGACUGAGUUUGCUUUAGCCAGAUUGUCAUGGCUGAUGACUGAGUUUGCUUUAGCCAGAUUGUCAUAGCUGAUGACUGAGUUUGCUUUAGCCAGAUUGUCGUAGCUGAUGAUCAGUUUUAGCCAGUCCGCCAAGCGUUUCUCUACUGUGGCCCUUCUCAGCCCAUCUUCUGUGAGCUCAGCCUGUUAUCAGCUGUGGUUAAGUAUUGCGCGGUCACAUGACCAAACUGGGGUCAGCACCGCUGCCUAAUUAAUGCUACUUGUGCCCUUAGGGCCUGUCCACCGUCUUUCACGGCCAGUCAGAUCGAGCAAGUUCACGCACCCCUCAUUUUUUAUAAUUGAUUAUGAACACAUUUACGUGUGAUACAUCUUUGAAAGAGAACUUUGCUUCUGGUGUGGGCAGUCACUCUUCGAGGUGCAAUUUUAAAACGAACACAAGGAGCUUAAUUCAUAUUUAUAUUUAUGAAAAUGAGUCCCCUGGUGUGGUUGGAGAUAGUGGUGACUACGGUUAAUGAUCGUUGUUUUGCUCAUUCCCUCCAAGUAUUUUGCAGCAAGUGGCUGCCGAGCAGCUGGUAGAUUUACUUGGGUGGUUAUCUCGACUAUUCAUAUUUAACCCCCUGUAGUGCGCGUUGGAAAGUAUAAUCACCUUCAGAGACGAUGGUAUCUGGGGUUAUGUGCCAUGGCUUCUGGAGGCAGAAACUGGAUCCUCCGGCUCCGUUCUCAAAGUUUUGAUUCUCCUUGCCGCUUUUUCCCCGGGGAGUCAUGACCGGGGUUUAUUAUUAGCAUGUGUCUCAGCUCUCACCCUCUUUCCCUUCGCCCUCCUCAUAUCGCUCCCUCCCUCUCCCUGCUCUCCACCCUCUCUGUCCUUUCCCCGUUCUUUCUCUUGCUCUCUCUGUCUACCUCCUAAUCACCACUUUCCUGCUCUUUCCGCUGUCUCCUUUUCUUCUCUCCCCCUCUCUUAACCUCCCCCUCCCCGCUAUCUCACUUUCUCCUCUGUUAGCGUUUGUAUCUUCCUGCUUUCUGUGCUUUUCUCUCCCUCUCUCUUCCCCCCCCCCCCCCCCCCCCCCCUUUCCUGUCCCUCCCCGUGCGCAAGAGCGAUGGGCAAAACCGAGCUGUAUUCGGUGUAUAAGACCUGCGUCGGCUGUGUCUGCCUGUGCCUGUCUGUGAGUACCGGUCUCCUCCCCCCCCCUCCCUCCCCUUUCCCCCCCGCUCCGCCGCUGUGUGUUCCUGCUCUAGCUCUGCUAAGAGUGAACCCUCCCGCUGGCCUUCCUGUCGCCUCCCCGUCUCCUCGGCUCUGCAUGCAGCCUAACUAACCCCCCCGCUCUGCCUCCGCAUGCUCUCUGUGUACGCUCUCCGCUCCGGUCCAGUCCGAGCCUCCUGCCUCUCAGCUCCUCAGGCACCGAUAUUAAUAACAGAGCCUUGUGGAUAUAAAUAGGCUGGAGAGAGCUCCUCUGCAUUUCCCUUUUAGCCCUUAGCCUUAGUGUGCAUUUCAAUUAGGGUAAGAGCUCUUAUGGUGACUGUGGUGUAGCUCUGGCUAAAUCGAGCAGAACUCAGCUACAGUGCGAGGAAUAGCAGGGUAGGGCUGUAAUGUGGAUAUUUGUGCAACUGUGUGAUCGUGUGUGUGUGUGUGCUAAUGUCAUUGUGAAUCAGGCUCACUCCAGCUACAGACCUGUGCCCUGUUGGGCACUGUCUGUGUGCGUGUGUGUGUGUUUGUGUUUUAUCACACACAACUCUGUUGGCUCCAGAACAAUGGAGUGAGGGAUGGGGUGCAAAUGCUGCUGAUUUUGUUCUCAAAGUACUUCCAACUGUUUGAAUUAUGUUUGAAUAUCACUUUUGCUUUCAAAUAAUCCCCCCCCCCCUUUUCUAUCUAAUUAUUUCUGAAAUGUUUGUGCAUCCAUUCUGCAUUUUCUGACUCAUUGUUUUUUCUGUAGCGGUUAUGAAAAAAAGAAAAUGUUGCAUUUUUAUUGCUCUAAUCUCAUUUAAUAAUUUUAUGCAUUCAUGGAUGUCUCUGUAGACUUUCGUUUUUGUUUGGUAGGAGCAGCAGAUAAAACGGUAGAGAGAGAGAAAGGUGGGAGACAGACGGAAAGCAGUGGGAGGAAUGUGAUCUUUGACUUGUUCCCUUGCACUAUAUCCUUAUCGUUGUGUAUCCCUCACGCGGUGUGGUGUCAAAUGACUCGCCCUAUGACCGCCCAUUCUACCUACAACUACACCGCCUCCUCCCGCUGUCGCCGUGGCAAUGGCUGGCCCUCUCCCCGCGCCCCCCCCCCCCUCCCCGGCUGUGUCGUCCUCGAACCCUGGCGGGCCGCAGCGGACCAACAGCCGGACGCGGGCGUUGAGUGUGAGGGACGACGAAGAGGGGCACCUGGUGUAUCGGAGUGGGGACGUCCUGCAAGAGAGAUAUGAGGUUGUGAACACGUUGGGGGAAGGCACCUUUGGGAGGGUAGCGCAGUGCGUGGACCACCGCAGGGGUGGAUCCCGUGUGGCCCUCAAGAUCAUUAAGAAUGUGGAGAAAUACAAGGAAGCAGCACGACUGGAGAUCAAUGUUCUGGAGAGGAUCAAUGAGAAAGACCCAGAGAACAAACAUCUGUGUGUGAAGAUGUACGACUGGUUCGACUACCACGGACACAUGUGCAUCUCCUUCGAGCUGCUGGCGCUCAGCACCUUCGACUUCCUCAAGGAGAACAACUACCAGCCCUACUCCGUCGGCCAGGUCCGCCACAUGGCCUACCAGAUCUGCCAGGCGGUCAAGUUUCUCCAUGACAACAAGCUGACGCACACCGACUUGAAGCCAGAGAACAUCCUGUUUGUCAACUCCGACUUCACCAUGACCUACAAUGUGGAGAAGAAGCGGGAGGAGAGGACGAUUACGAGCACGCUGGUGCGGCUGGUGGAUUUCGGCAGCGCCACUUUCGACCACGAGCACCACAGCACCAUCGUGUCCACGCGCCACUACCGCGCCCCCGAGGUCAUAUUGGAGCUGGGCUGGAGCCAGCCGUGUGACGUGUGGAGCAUCGGCUGCAUCCUGUUUGAGUACUACCUGGGCUUCACCCUGUUUCAGACGCAUGACAACAAAGAGCACCUGGCCAUGAUGGAGAGAAUACAGGGACCCAUCCCCUCCAGAAUGAUCCGGAAGACGAGGAAGCAGAAGUAUUUCUACCGCGGGCGUCUGGACUGGGACCAGAGCUCCUCCGCCGGGCGAUACGUCAGAGACAACUGCAAACCGCUGAGGCGGUACCUGCUGUCUGAGGCUGAGGAGCACCACCAGCUCUUUGACCUGAUCGAGAGCAUGCUGGAGUACGAGCCCUCCAAACGCGUCACUCCCGCCGCCGCCCAGCGCCACCCCUUCUUCUGCCCCCUGCGCGAGGGGGGCGGCGGGGGCGACCCCGGGGGCAGCAAGAGCUGGGAGGGCAACCGGGACAUCAGCCGGUGACCGGGGGAAACGGGGGAGCGCCAGGGAGGUCUCCCCCCGACCCAAGGAUUCGGCUGAAGAGCGCCCCGCUGCUCUGUUCUCCUGCCUGUUCUCACCUCCCCCCUGACUGGCCUCGCUCUCUCUCCCAGCCUCCCUCCUGCCUAUCCGCACAGCACGUGCAGACAGGAAGAGGCGGGGCGCAGGCACGGGGGGUGUGGCCACCAUAUCAGACUUUGGGCUCAUUGGAGGGAGACUACUGGAGAGCAGUGACGUGACAGCGACACCAGCCAAUCCACGUUAAACAGACUUGACCUUCGUGGGUGUUGGAAGGGGUGAAAGCGUCAGAGGGAGUGUUUUGAGAAGACCACCUAAAAUCUGUCUGCUUCCAUCGUCUGCCUGGUAAAGGGUGGGGGAAGGGCUCAAACUGAACUCUCACUGCUGAUUGGACGAGAGGGACUGGGAGAAGAAGAGGGGUCUCCGUAGGCACGCAGGUGACUGGCUGCGACUUUUAGACUUUUUGUGACGCAUACGUAAGCCGUUGGCUGAUCCCUGAUUGGAGAGGGCAGGUCUGGUGACGUCGCCAGGCGACGGUUGCUCAGCACGCCUGCCAUCUGGCCUGACUGAGUGGCGGUGCGGCUCCACGCAUCACUGGCACGCUCGCUCCCGCGCCGGCGGCCCGUGGGCCUGACUGACUGACCGCCUGCUCCUCUCUGACACGGCACCAGGGUGUUCAUCAAAACCGUGACUGGUGCUCCUUGUUGCGGAGUGGUUAGACGCGGCAUUGGUAACUUUUACAUGGUUUUUCAUAGCUCUGUUGGCGGGAAGUGUCAGUUCGUUCACACACACACACACGCGCACGCACACACACUCACGUGCGUACUAUACACUUUCCUUGUGUAGAAUGUACGUGAUUGCAAAGAAUACUGCCUGUCUGACAUUAAUUGAAGCACAAUCUUACCUGCUGCAGAUAUUCUCUGUCACAGACACGCAGCCUACACGUUUACAGUAUUUAUUGGGAAGCCACAGCGGAGCGUCUGUUUUUUUUGUAUGAAAUGAACUUUUGUAUAGACUGUAUAUAUGUACAAUUCUAUAAUAAACACAAGCUACUAUUCUGG